AUGCCUGCGAAGCGGAGACGUGCCGACGCCGACGAGGCCUCCCGUUCGACGACAUUAAAGCGCGCCCGCCACACCGCUUCACCAGACCUCUUAUCGCCUCUAUCCGACGAGCUGCUCGUGCGCAUCUUGUCGCUACUCCCGCUGCCCGACCUCCUUAACGUCUCGCCGCUAUCAGAUCGCUUCUACCACCUGUCCGGCGACUCGCAGAUAUGGAAGCGCUUAUACUACUCCCGAUUUGUCCUGCCCCGCGCCCUCCGAAUACCCGGCUUUCGCGACGGCUCUGCCAGGGAGGGAAAGCUACACUACUCAGCGCGCAAGGCGAUAUGGGCGGAUGGCCGGAGAGGUGGGUGGGUGGACAUGCGCAAUCGCGAAGACAAGAACUCGCGCGACUGGAAGAGGCAGUACAAGCUCCGACAUAACUGGUCGAGAGGGAAGUGCGCCGUCGAGGAGCUGCAUGUUGGGCAAGACACGGCGCUCUCGGACAUGGAGAGCUCGCAGAAGAUGUUGGUCAAGGUCUCGGAAGGUCUGGCUGUCACCGCAGACGCCGCGACUGGCCUGCGGGCUUGGGAUCUGAAGACGAAACAACUACAGGCGCAAAUCGGCCUGGAUGAGCUCGAUUCAUCCGCCAUACCGAGCUGCAUCGCAAUAGACGAUCACGAUGUCCAAGAGAAGACACUGAAUAUUGCUAUAGGCUUUACAGAUGGCAGUUUUGGCAUAUGGAGGUUGGAUACCAAAGAACGGAGAAUAAUGCGGCGGUAUCGCCACGAAAAGUCCAGCAAUGGUAAACUGGCGGGGAUUGCUUUCUCGUACCCUUAUUUGCUCACCGCUACGAAAUCUGUUCUUAUAUCCGUAUAUACCUUUGAAGGAUCUCCGAGCGAGGCCGAGAGCGAAACCGCGCGGGAAUCCGAAAGUGAAAUUGCACAGGAACUCGAAGGCCAGACUGAGGACGAAAGGAGAUAUGGUCAUUCAAGGCCCAGGAUACGCGCGGAGAAGUCAAAACCAGGCACAACACUCCAGGUUCCCUACCUCUUGACAUCGCUGAAGUCACAUACUUCAAGAGCCCCACUAGCAUUAUCGCUGAGGAAGACGUCCGGAAGUACGGUUGCGUCGAUCGCAUACACAUUCUCCACGCUUCAAGGCUGGUCUCUGGGGAUCCAAGACCUACACCUACGGGCUCCUGCGUCCAGAGUUGGGAAAUCGACCCCGGAAAUCACGACCACCCGCCUUGCGUACACCCUGCCAGUCAAAACAGCAUCAACACAUAUACCCUCGCCGCCGACCUCACCCGCUCGAUACAUGGGCUCGUCAACAACCUCGACGACUUCCCGUGACGACGUAGUUGACGGCCCGAUCAGCUUAUGCUACACCCAUCCCUACCUACUCGCAACGUUGCCCGACAACACGCUGAUUCUACACCUCUGCACGUCCAACGCGUCGUCACUGUCGAUAUCACCGGGCAUCCGACUCUGGGGUCAUACCUCGGGCAUCAGCGACGCGGAGAUAACAGCGCGCGGGAAGGCCGUCAGUGUCAGCUGCCGCGGGGAAGAAAUUAGAGUAUGGGAGUUGGAGGGCAGGGCGAAUGGAAGCAGUAUAGAAGUCAGGCCGACUGUCAAGCCCGUAGAAGAUGAAGGCGAUGAAGAAGAGGCAGCGGUUCGCGAUGGUCCGGCUGCAAUGAGGUGGAAUGAACGCCGGAACUGGGUCGGUUUUGAUGACGAGAUGGUUAUUGUGCUCAAGGAGUCUCGGGAAGGCAAGGAGAGCCUGAUGGUCUACGAUUUUACUUGA